GGGGCUUGCCGGGGCGGGCGGCUCCUCGGGCGCCGGGAACCAGGGCCGGUCGCUCGCUUCGCUGGGACCCGCUCGCGGUUCCGCCCCCGAGUCCUGAGGCGCCUCCGGGGCGAUGGCGGCGCAGGGGUCCGGGCCCGCGGCCCUCCGCCUCCUGCUGCUGGUCCCGCUGGUGGCCGGGCACCCGGGUCCGGCCGGCGCGGGGGGCGGCGCGCCCGGAGGGCUGGCCGAACCGUUCCCCUUGGCCAAACACGAGGACGGCCUGCUCCGGGACCUGUUUCAGGACUACGAGCGGUGGGUGCGGCCUGUGGAGCACCUCAGCGACAGGAUCAGCAUCACGUUUGGCCUCGCCAUCUCCCAGCUGGUGGACGUGGACGAGAAAAAUCAGCUGAUGACCACGAAUGUCUGGUUAAAGCAGGAGUGGAGAGACGUGAAGCUCCAGUGGAACCCCGAGGACUACGGGGGGAUCCAGGCCAUACGGGUCCCGUCAGACUUGCUCUGGACCCCAGACAUCGUCCUGUUCGAUAACGCCGACGGGCAGUUCGAAGGGGCCCGCACGAAGGCGGUGGUGCGGUUCGACGGCACGGUGGCCUGGGCGCCGCCGGCCAGCUUCAAGAGCUCCUGCACCAUCGACGUGACCUUCUUCCCGUUCGACCGCCAGAACUGCUCCCUGCGCUUCGGCUCCUGGACCUACGACGGCUCCCAGGUGGAGCUGCUGCUGGCGGCGCGGGACGCCGACCGCCGGGGCUUCCUGGACAACGGCGAGUGGGAGCUCCUGAGCGCCGCGGGCCGCCGCGCCAACCGCACGGCCGGCGGGCGCUGCUACCCGCACGUCACCUACGCGCUGGUGCUGCGGCGCCUGCCGCUCUUCUACACGCUCUUCCUGCUCGUGCCCUGCGCCGGCCUGUCGCUGCUCACCGCCCUGGUCUUCUACCUGCCGGCCCGCGCCGGCGAGAAGGUGUCCCUCUGCACCUCCGUGCUCGUGGCGCUCACCGUCUUCCUGCUGCUCAUCGAGGAGAUCGUGCCGUCGUCCUCCGAGGUCAUCCCGCUGGUGGGCGAGGCCCUGGUGCUCACCAUGAUCUUCGCCGCGCUGUCCAUCGCCGCCACCGUCUGCGCCGCCAACGUGCACCACCGCGGGCCCGCCACGCACCGGGCCAUGGCGCCCUGGGUGCGCCGGCUGUUCCUGCGGCGGCUGCCCCGGCUGCUGUGCAUGCGGGGCCACGCCGACCGCUACUCCGCCGGGGCCCGCGGGCGGGAGCAGCGGGCCCGGGGCCGCCCCGCGCCCGCCCGGGACCCGCUGGGAGCCGCGCUGGACGCCGUCCGCUACAUCGCGGGGCUCGUGGUGAAGGAGAACGCGGUCCGAGAGGUGGUGGAGGACUGGCAGUUCAUCGCCCAGGUGCUGGACCGGCUCCUCCUCUGGGCGUUCCUGCUGGUCUCGGCGGUGGGCUCGCUGGGGAUGUUCGCCCCGGUGGUGUACGAGUGGGCCGCGGCGGGCGCCCCCGUGCACGUCGGCGCGGCAGCCGCAUGACGCUCCCUCGGCCGGCGGCCGCGGGAGUGUCAGGCACGUCCGGCGAGUGGGACCUCCUGUCUCACCCUUGAUGCGCUCCGAAAGGCUGUCUGAAUACCGGAUCACCCCCCCACACACACACACACCCCCGAUUAGAAAUCAUGUAAGCUGAGCCCUAACCGGUGUGGCUCAGUGGGUAGAGCGUCGGUCUGUGGACUGAAGGGUCCCAGGUUUGAUUUCGGUCAAAGGCACGUACCUUGGUUGUGGGCACAUCCCCAGUGGGGGGUGUGCAGGAGGCAGCUGAUGGAUGUUUCUAACUCUCUCUCCCUUCUUCUCUGUAAAAUAUAUCAAUAAAAUAUAUUUAAAAAAAAAGAAAUCAUGUAAGUUGAAUUAAUCCGUUCCAGACUCCCAAAUGAUUUAAGUUUUUAAAAAGGUAUUUUUAUUGAUUUCAGAGAGGAAGGGAGAGGGAGAGAGAGUUAGAAACAUCGAUUGA